CUGAAAAAGCUUCUAUCCCUAAACUAAACAACUCUCUCACUUUCCUCUUUCUCUUCUUUCUCUCUUUGUCUUCUUCUCUUCCAUCUCAAAUGUGGAGUUUCUUCUCCUUCUUCCACUUCUCUGUUUUAUAAAUUUUCACUCAAUUUUUAACUCACUCAAAUUGGUGAAUUUGGGGAACUUUCAUUUUGAAAUGAAUAAAGGACAGUCACCGGAGCCUCUUGAUUUCUUCAUCUGGACUGUUGAGGAUGUUGGCAUGUGGCUGGAGACUAUAAAUCUUGGUAGUUAUCGGCAAAUUUUUAGGGAAAAUGGUGUUAAUGGUGAAUACUUGGAAGGGAUGUCUAUGUUCACGACUGAACAGAUCCUUCGUUUCAUUAGACGUUGCCACAUGAAGUGGGGAGACUUCAUCACAUUAUGCAAGGAAUUGAGACGGAUUAAAGUGGCUUGUUUGAAAGGGGACCAAAAGGUGCGACGGCCGUGGUGGGCACCAGCAUGCCUGUCAACAGUGUUCUUAAAGGUUGCAAAAUCCAACAGACAGUCAAGAGUUGUUUCCUUGAAAUUGGAACCAUGAUGAAUGAUGAUACUGCACAACCUCUGAAUGUGUUUACAUAUAGCAAUUUUCUCUCUGCCUAGACAACAGAAUAUAGGAAAGAACUAUUUUUAGCUUUUUCUUUUUUUCUAAUUUCAAUUCCAAAGCGUGGCUGUUUAUUCUCCUCUGGAGAAAUCUUAUGUAGAAGGUCGGUCCUCUUGCACUAAAAUCUGGUGCUGUGUAAUUAUGUAUUAUCUCCUAUAUGAACAUAAAUACAAUAUAUAUGUUGUUUUCUUCAAGUUUAAUUUAAAUAUCUGUUUUCUA